GCGUCACGAUUCUGCUCGUCUGUGAUUGGUCGGUGCCACGUCUUUCUUCUGAGGCUGCGCGCACUUCACUCGAGUCGGAGAGAGUGCAUUUAAGGCAACAUGGAGACUGCUGGUAAAGUGAUCAAGUGCAAGGCAGCUGUUGCCUGGGAGGCCGGCAAGCCUCUGUCCAUGGAGGAGGUGGAGGUGGCCCCACCUCAAGCCCACGAGGUCCGCAUCAAGCUCUUCGCCACAGGUGUGUGCCACACCGACGCCUACACCCUGAGCGGCAGCGACCCCGAAGGCAUUUUCCCCGUCAUCCUGGGCCACGAGGGGGCCGGGACCGUGGAAAGCGUCGGCGAAGGCGUCACCAAAUUUAAGCCAGGUGACGCAGUCAUCCCGCUUUACGUGCCUCAGUGUGGCGAGUGCAAGUUCUGCAAGAAUCCCAAGACCAACCUCUGCCAGAAAAUUAGAGUGACCCAGGGCCAGGGCCUGAUGCCUGACAAGACCUCGCGCUUCACUUGCAAGGGGAAGCAAGUGUUCCACUUCAUGGGGACCAGCACCUUUUCCGAGUACACGGUGGUGGCGGACAUCUCCCUGGCCAAAGUGAACCCGAAGGCGCCGCUGGAUAAAGUGUGCCUUCUGGGAUGUGGCAUCUCGACAGGAUACGGCGCCGCUCUGAACACCGCCAAGGUGGAACCCGGCUCCACGUGCGCCGUCUUCGGCCUCGGCGCCGUGGGCUUGGCCACGAUCAUGGGCUGCAAGGUGGCCGGGGCGAGCCGCAUCAUCGGCGUGGACAUCAACCCCGCCAAGUUUGACGUCGCCAGCCAGUUCGGAACCACCGAGUGCCUGAACCCCAAGGACCACAGCAAGCCCAUCAACGAGGUGCUGGUGGAGAUGACCGACGGCGGCGUGGAUUACUCCUUUGAAUGCAUCGGCAACGUUCAGAUCAUGCGAGCUGCUCUGGAGGCGUGCCACAAAGGUUGGGGCGAGAGCGUCAUUAUCGGCGUCGCCGGAGCCGGACAGGAGAUCUCCACCAGACCGUUCCAGCUGGUGACGGGCAGGGUGUGGCGCGGCACUGCCUUCGGAGGCUGGAAGAGUGUGGAGAGUGUUCCCAAACUGGUGGAAGACUACCUGAAUAAGAAGAUGAAGGUGGAUGAGUUUGUCACCCACACUCUGCCCUUCGACCAGAUCCAAAAGGGCUUCGACCUCAUGCAUUCUGGGGAAAGCAUCCGUGCUGUCCUGACCUUCUAAAGUGCCUCCACCAAUCAAGCGGCUCCUGUCUAGUUUCAACGUUCUAGGAGCUUCAUGUGAAGUUGUUUUCACUGUUAGAAGUUUGUCAGGACUUGUUCAUGUUGCCUUUAACAAUUUCAAUAAACCCUUUUCAGAAUCACAAA